CUCAAAACGUUGAACCUGCAAGUCAGUGUCAAACUAUAUAUAAAGGGACAUAGAUAUUUAACAAACCAAGAUCACAAUUCAUGUAAAAAAUUAUAAAGUGGUGAAGAAAAAAGAAAAGAAAUCAGAGAUAAGAGAAAAUGGCUACACUAGGUGGCAAUCGUGUGGUUGAAGGAAGCCAGAACAGCAUUGAGAUCCAGAACCUUGCUCGCUUUGCUCUUGAAGAACAUAACAAAAAUUCGAAUUCAAGCUUGGAGCUUGUGAGGGUGAUAAGUGCAAAGAAGCAAGUAGUUGCUGGAAGCAUAUAUGAAAUAACUAUGGAGGCAAAAGAUGGUGAUGAGAAGAAACAAGUUUAUGAAGCCAAAGUGUUGGUGAAGCCAUGGUUGAACUUCAAGGAGCUGCAAGAGUUCAAGCUUGUUACUGAUGAUGAUAAUGAAAAUGAUAAUGAUAAUGCUGCUUCAGUGUCUAGAGCACUUAUCUAGCUAUGUAUUUAAUUUUCACUAAUAUAUGUAUGGAAUAAAUGUAGCUAUGCUCUGAAAUACUAUAAAUGGGUGUAAUAUAUUAUCAAUGGGUUAUGCUAAGUGUACAC